CCUCAGCCUCCCAACUGCAGAUUUUUCACUUUUCUUCCCCUUGGAGACAGGGCCACUCUGUAGCCCAGGCUGGCCUCGGACUCACAGAGACGUGCCUGCCUCGGCCUCCGGGGUGCUGGGAUUAAAGGGGUGCGCUAUCAAGCCCAGCACAUUUUUUAUUUCACGGGACAGCCUGGCUGGGGAGUUUUAGUCUGACCCCCUCUCACCUGGCCGUCUACGGCACUUUGCUGCUGUUUUUCUUUCUUUCUUAGCAAUUAGGGAGAAACAUGGCAAUGCCUUUACACACAUCCGAGGACGGCCGGGCCUGGCAGGGCGGGCCUCUAACCCCAGCCACCUCUGGAGGUCACAAGCCUGCCUGGUCUACACAUUUAGUGUGAGGGCAGGCUUAGCAAUUAAUAAAACUCUGUCUCAAAAUAAAAAAAGUGAACCACCCCACCUCCAAAGAAAAGAAAAAGGUAAGUGAGGAGGGGGAUAAGACGGAGGUAAAUAAUGAAAACGCUGCUGCAGCUGAAAAUAAUUAUGGUGGCCAGUGAUUGAUGAACAUUGAUUUCUGGCUCAAAUGUUUCUCAAGCUCCUCUCGUCAAAUGUUGGAUGGCUUCGUAAAGGAAGUGUUCCUGUUAACCCUCUUCUGCAGCUGGGGAAACUGAGUAAUCUGUGCGCAGUCGUAUUCUGAGGGAAAUGGGAGCGGACCGGACGGAGGACCAGAACGCGUAGUGUACACGCAUGAAACUGUGCGGCAAGCAAACAAAGGCUCAGUGGCCGGUGGCCCUGAAGUCCCGGGGCCCCAACACGUGCUCCCCUGAAAAGCUACUUUUUCUGAACUAUUCGCAGUUUAGAGGCUUUCGUGGAACUUGAGUCUUUGCAUCAUCGCAUGCUUUCACCCCAUUUAUCUAAGGACGAGCGAGGAUGAUAAACCUAAGUCGAUUUUAAAUGCCUAGGAAGGAGGACUCCAAGCAGGCAAAAGGCUGCGUCCCUGGGUGGGCUCGAACCACCAACCUUUCGGUUAACAGCCGAACGCGCUAACCGAUUGCGCCACAGAGACAUGCGGAGCUCUGGCCGUAAAUUCAUUUGCUAAUCUUGGAACGUGCUUUUGCACUCCGGGCUGGCCAGCCACCCCCGUCUGUGGCCUGCCCACCUCCUGGGAUUCCAGAAAGCAAAACAAUACACCGAGGCCAGCGGCCGUGCUCGUCAAGCUUGCAUAUUAACCCGGUUUAAGUCAGCUCCGUGCCGCAGACCUCCCAUCACCGGGUUCCAGCCUGAUUGCAGUCUCCAAAGUCGCCUGCCCUCUACUGGUCGCCGCCGCCGCCGCGUACUUGCCCACUCAGGUACUGUCCUCACGGUCCUUACCCCGCGGUACCCGGCCGCCUGCCCUGGGGCUGGUUCGCCUUCCAGAGCACGCCCAGCACCUCAUGAAACACCCACGCAUGUGCGAUCCGAGAGAAAGACACCACCACGUAGCUUCAAAAGGAAAAGUGUCAGGGUGGGCCUUGAGCCCUACCAGGAUUCCAGAACGAGAAAAGCAGACCUGCUUCUUUGGAGGAGUGUUUCUUACAUUCCCUGAGCUGUUAGCUGGCAGAGGCCCCUCACUUGGGACUCCAUGUGCCCUAAAAACAAACCGAUUUCCCACCUUUCCAGGUAAAGUGACCUCAUCCUUGGGUCUCCUCCAGCGGCUGUGUUGAAAACAACAAGCCUAGCCUGUUGACUCAGGCCAGUGAUCCAUCGACUGUGGCGGGCCGAGGCAAGAGGAUCCCAUAUGCAAGGCCAGCCUGGUCUACAGGGUGAAUUGAAGGUCACUCUGUGGGAUUCAGAAACACAAAAUCAAAGGAUAAAAAGAGGGCUGGACACAGAGCUCAGGGAAGAGGACUCAGAAGCGCAAGCCAGUGCGCAGUGAAACCGCGGAACUGGACCACGCCAUGGAUAGAAAGAGACCACCAUGGGACAGGCUGUCGCCACCCCACUGAGCCUAACCACGGACCACUGGUCCGAUGUUAAGGCUCGAGGAAACAAUGAAGGUGUCAUUGUCAGGAAGAAGAAAUGGAUCACCUUCUGCGAGGCCGAAUGGGUCAUGAUGAAUGUCGGCUGGCCGCGAGAGGGAUCUUUUAACCUCUCUCUUAUUUCGCAGGUGGAGGGUAAGGUUUUUGCCCCUAGCCCUUAUGGGCAUCCCGACCAGGUCCCAUAUAUCGCCAUCUGGGGAUCACUGGUCGAGAACCCAUUUCCAUGGGUUAAGCCUUUCCUUCCACAGCCCCCUCCAGUCUCUGGGCCGUCUGCGCCCCCCAACCCGGACUCCUCCCUUUACCCCGUGCUCCCUCACAAGGAGACUCCUAAGCCUCCAGUCCUUCCCCCAGACCCCCAUACCCCCCUUAUAGAUCUCCUGACGGAGGACCCACCACCAUAUCAAGCCGGACCACCUGGAGAGCCGGCCGAAGCGGCCCCAGCCACCGCCCCGGUGGCGGCGUCCCCGGCCGUGCCCGUGGCAGAUCCGGAAGUCACCUCGGCUCGCAGGACCCAUGGGGCUGGAGAAGAGGACGCAGCCCCGUCCCCCAUUGCCGGCCGCCUCCGCGGCCGCCGGGAUGGCCCCCCUAUUGAGUCCAGGGCCUUCCCGCUCAGAGAGGGGCCGAAUCGCCAGUUGCAGUACUGGCCCUUUUCAGCCUCAGACCUCUAUAAUUGGAAGCAACAUAACCCCCCUUUCCCCAGGGAUCCUGUUGCCUUGACCGGCCUAAUUGAGUCCAUCCUAGUGACUCACAGGCCGACUUGGGACGACUGUCAGCAGCUCCUGCAGACCCUCUUAACAGUAGAGGAGAAGCAGAGAGUUUUCCUGGAGGCCCGGAAGCAGGUUCCGGGCGAUGACGGGAGGCCAACCCAACUCCCAAAUAUCAUCGAUGCAGCUUUUCCCUUGACCCGCCCAGACUGGGACUUCAAUACACCUGAAGGUAGGGAGCAUCUACGUCUCUAUCGCCAGUUGCUCUUAGCGGGUCUCCGAGCGGCCGCCAGAAGGCCUACCAAUUUGGCUUAGGUAAGGAAUGUGAUACAGGGAAAGGAAGAGGAAUGUGAUACAGGGAAAGGAAGAGGAAUGUGAUACAGGGAAAGGAAGAAACACCCGCUGCAUUUUUAGAGAGGCUGAAGGAACCAAAUUGCAGCGGCUGGAAGGUUUACAGGCGCUAGGUUUGCCAGACUUAUUGAAGGAAGCAGAGAAAGUGUUCAAUAAGAGAGAAACUCCUGAGGAGCGUGAGGAAAGGAGAUGGCAGAAACAAGAGGAAAGGGACAAGAAACAGCAUAGGGAGAUGAAAAAGGUUUUGGCCGCCGUUGUGUCUCAGGGACAGCGGAGAGAGGGAGAUAGGUCGGGAGAGCGAAGGAGGCCACCCCUUGAUAAAGAUCAAUGUGCUUACUGCAAGGAGAAGGGACACUAGGCCCGAGAGUGCCCCAAGACCAGGGGCCAUGUUCCAAUGGGAGGAGAAGCAUCAGAAAGCGCUCCAACAGAUCAAGAAGGCCUUACUCGAGGCCCCGGCUCUGGGUCUGCCAGAUCUAACCAAGCCCUUUGAGCUGUUUGUGGAUGAGAACUCAGGUUUUGCCAAAGGGGUACUGGUACAAAGACUGGGACCUUGGAGGAGACCUGUAGCGUACUUGUCCAAGAAAUUGGACCUGGUGGCUACAGGAUGGCCAUCAUGCCUCUGCAUGGUGGCAGCCAUUGCCAUAUUACUCAAGGAUGCCGGGAAGCUGACUCUGGGACAGCCGUUGACUGUGCUGGCCUCCCAUGCAGUGGAGGCCUUGGUCCGACAACCACCGGACAGAUGGCUUUCUAACGCCAGAAUGACUUACUAUCAGGCCUUACUACUGGACUCAGACCGGGUAAAUUUUGGGCCGACAGUUUCCCUUAACCCUGCUACCUUGCUGCCACUGCCUAGCCCCUCCAAGGAGCAUGACUGCCUCCAGAUUCUAGCCGAAGCACAUGGCACCCGCCCUGAUCGGAGCUAGCAAAGAAAAUGGGGGCGGACUGGGAACAGAGAAAACACCUGGGCAGUGCCGCUGAACCAGGAUCAGGUACUCCAGCAGGUAACUUCUACCUGCCCAGCCUGUGCUCAAGUCAACGCAGGAAAGGUUCAUCUAAGAAACUGUUGGAAGAAAUCUUCCCCAGGUACGGGAUGCCUCAAAUAUUGGGGUCGGAUAACGGGCCUGCCUUCGUCUCUCAGGUAAGUCAGAAGGUGGCCAAACUAUUGGGGGUUGAUUGGAAACUCCAUUGUGCGUACCGCCCCCAGAGCUCAGGACAGGUAGAACGAGCUAAUAGAACAAUCAAGGAGACUUUAACCAAAUUAACGCUUGCAACUGGCACUAGAGAUUGGGUGCUCCUACUUCCCUUGGCUCUCUACCGAGCCCGAAAUACUCCUGGCCCACACGGCCUAACCCCUUUUGAGAUCAUGUACGGGGCCCCACCUCCUGUUGUAGACUUUCUCCAUCCUGAUAUUUCAUCUUUUGCCACCACCCCUACUUUAGAGGCACAUCUUCAAGCCCUCCAACUGGUGCAGAGGGAGAUCUGGAAGCCCCUGGCCAAGGCUUAUCAGGAGCAGCUAGACAAGCCGGUGGUGCCCCACCCCUUCCAGAUCGGGGACUCCGUUUGGGUCCGACGACACCAGACCAAGAAUCUGGAACCACGGUGGAAGGGGCCCUACACUGUCUUGCUGACCACCCCCACUGCACUCAAGGUCGACGGGAUUGCUGCAUGGGUCCACGUCUCUCAUGUGAAGGCUGCCAGGGAACCCGACCCAGCAGGAUCCAGAAAGUCAAUAUGGACAGUGCGCCGCACAAGGUUGGCCCGCGGCUCCCCUUCCUCCCCCUCCUCUUAAUCUCUGCCUACCCCCAGGGGACUAGGGCGGCAGAGAGCCCGCACCUAGUUAAGAGGCUCACUUGGCAGGUUAUCUCACAAACUGGGAAGACGGUCUGGCAAACGACCGCCCUUCACACCCCCUUUACAUGGUGGCCUAACUUGCAUCCAGAUCUCUGCCAACUAGUAGCAGGGUCAGAGGACUGGGACAUCCCUACCACUGACCCCAUGAACCCUAGAGCACCAAACGUCUGUCAGGAUGGUAAGAGAACUUGCAAAUGUAGUGGCGGGAGAUACGGAUGUAGUCACCCUGAAACCAGAGCAGCCCUGUCACGUCAGGAAGAGAUGACACUUACUGGAAGGGGGGGGGGGGCUGUGUAAACUCAAAAGGGAAGGGAGAUAACACAAGACUGGAUUAAAGGUAAAACAUGGGGACUUAGACUUUACAUGACGGGACGGGACCAGGGAGUCGUGUUUACGAUUAGGCUUAAAAUCACGGAGCCCUCCGCCUCUAUAGGUCCCAACCAGGUUCUCUCUGACCAAAAGCGCCCCUCUUUACCCGCUCCGGCACCCCCGAGGGCUACCCCCCGACCCAAUUCGGCCAUUCGCCCAAGCACGGCUCCGAAUGCUACUGUAACCCCAGUCACCCUCCAGCCACC